AUAGAUAUCAUAUAUAUAUACAGAUUGUUUAUCAUUGGAAGGCUUUACAUUAUACCUUGCAAGCGAUGAUAAUCCCUUGAUUUAUUUCGAUAAAAUUUCGCUUCACGCCGACAUGGAGCAACCAUUGUCACAUUAUUUCAUCAAUUCAUCGCACAAUACUUAUCUAACAGGUUUCCAGAUUCGAGGGAAAUCUUCCGUUGAUAUUUAUCGGCAUAUACUAUUGUCCGGUUGCAGAUGUAUAGAGUUAGAUUGUUGGGAUGGAAAAGGUGAAUUGCACGGGGAGCCCAUAAUAACGCACGGGAAAGCCAUGUGCACCGAUGUUUUGUUCAAGAAUGUAUUGGUCGCCAUUCGUGAUGCUGCAUUUGUGACAUCACAAUACCCUGUUAUAUUAUCGUUUGAAACGCAUUGCAGGUGACAUUUCGAUGUUUGUAU